UAUUGAACCUCUGCUUGUAUAUCCCAGGUGACCUUGUUUUUUGGGACCAGAGUCGUUGAGCAAACCUGAAAUCCUUCCUUAAAGGGGAUAUGUGAUGCAAGCUAUUGAACCUGUACUUGUAUAUCCCAGGUGACCUUGUUUUUUGGGACCAGAGUUGUUGAGCAAACCUGAAAAUCUUCAUUAAAGAGUUGUGGCACAAGGCUGAGUAAUUUUUGAAGCUGAUACAGCAGCUUAUUGAGGCUGAGGAAUCAGAAGCCCCAGAAUCAUCAGGCAGUGCCCGGUGGUGAAUCAACACAUCAUUGUCAAAGUGCGGCCGGUGCCUGCCCGGAGGAGCGCGCGGCUCGCACUCAGCUCACGACAUCAUUGGUGCGCUCCGCCGACUGGCGAUGGACGAAGGUCCGGACGGCGCCCCGCCCGAGGACGCGCCCAUGGAGGACGCCGAGGAGGAGGACGACGAUGACGAGGAGGAGGAGGAGGGCGGCUCCGGCGCGGCGGCGGCGGCGGACGAGGUGUACCUGCCCGGACGAGCGCUGGCCGAAGACGAGGAGCUGGUGGUGGACGAGUCGGCCUACGUCAUGUUCCACCAGGCCCAUACUGGCGACCCGUGCCUGAGCUUCGACGUGGUGCGCGACCGGCUGGGCGACAACCGGACGGAGUACCCGCUCACCAUGUACAUGGUGGCCGGCACCCAGGCCGACCGCGCCAACCGCAACGCCGUCAUCGUGCUGAAGAUGUCGAACAUGCAGCGGAACAAGAAGUCCAAGGAGAAGGGCUCGGACGACGAGGAGAGUGAGGACAGCGGCGAAGAGGACGAUGAGGAGGAGCUGCCUGACCUGGAGACGGCGGCCAUCAAACACAUCGGAUGCGUCAACCGCGUCAGGGCCACCACCGUGCAGGAGGUGCCGCUCUGCGCCACGUGGUCCGAGACGGGCAGCGUGCACGUCUGGAACCUGGCGCGCGCGCUGGAGGCCGUCGAUGACCCGUCGGCCGCCUCCCUGUACGCCCGCAACUCGGAGGACAAGAACACCAAGCCGGUGUUCACGUUCAAGGGCCACCAGACGGAGGGGUUCGCCGUCGACUGGUCGUCGGUGACGCCAGGUGUGCUGGCGACAGGCGACUGCGGCCACAGCAUACACGUGUGGCAGCCGGGCCCGGCCGGCACGUGGCGCGUGGACCAGCGGCCGUACGGCGCGCACACGGCCUCUGUCGAGGACAUCCAGUGGUCGCCCAACGAGGCCACCGUGUUCGCGUCGUGCUCCGUCGACAAAAGCAUUCGAAUCUGGGACAGCCGGGCGCCGCCGGCCAAGGCCGGCAUGCUGCACGUGCCCGACGCGCACGACAGCGACGUGAACGUCAUCAGCUGGAACCGAACAGAGCCGUUCAUCGUGAGCGGCGGCGACGACGGCAAACUGUGUGUCUGGGAUCUGCGCACGCUGCAGUCGGGCCGGCCAGUGGCGCUGUUCAAGCACCACUCGGCGCCCGUGACGACGGUCGAGUGGCACCCGACGGACAGCACCGUGUUCGCGUCCGGCGGCGCCGACGACCAGGUGGUGCAGUGGGACCUCUCGGUGGAGCGCGACGACGAGGCGGCUGGCAGCUCGGCCGCAGCCGAUGCCAAACUGAAUGAGCUGCCGCCGCAGCUGCUGUUCAUCCACCAGGGCCAGGAGGACGUCAAGGAGCUGCACUGGCACCCUCAAGCGCCCGGCUGCCUCCUGUCCACCGCUCACAGCGGCUUCAACGUGUUCCGCACCAUCAGCGUGUGAGCGGCCGCUGGACCCCGGCGGGAUGGCGGCCUCGCCAAGACCCGAGUGUCGGGUGUCGGAGUCCAGCUUGCUGUCUGGCGCGGUGCUGAGUCAGAGUCCGGCCUGCUGUCUGGCCUGGUGCUGAGUCAGAGUCUGGCCUGCUGUCGGACGCAGUACUGAGUCUUAGUCUGGCCUGCUGUCUGGCGCAAUGCUGAAUCAGAGUCCAGCCUGUUGUCUGGCGCGGCGCUGAGUCAGAGUCCAACCUGACGCGGUGCUGAGUCGGAGCCCAGCAUGUUGUCUGGCGCGGCGCUGAGUCAGAGUCCAGCCUGCUGUCGGGCGCGGUGCUUAAUCAGAGCCCAGCCUUGCGCGGCUCUGAGUCAGAGUUCAGCCCGCUGCCAGCACGUGGUGCGGCCGGGAGGUCACGGCGGACGAGUGUGUGACGGGGCCUCCCUCUGCUGAUGGGACAGUCCGUCGGCCGGCCGCUGGCUCCCGGUGCUGGAGGGCGGCGGCAGAUGCCGCUGGGCCGGGACGCCCUCUGUCGCCGCUGCUGAUGGCUAGCCCGGGACGAGAUGGGACCUCGGAUGGCUGCUUUCCUGAAGCGCGCUGGGGCGUGAUGACGGCAGUGGUUGCGCGGCAAGUCAAGGAUGGUGUUGCUGUUUGGAUUGCACGCGCGAUACGACUGCGAUUGCUCCGGAAGGGGGAUGAGAGGCGGAGGAGGACGUGUUUUUGUGCCGGGUUGCGCCGUCUCAAGAAACGCAUUGUCCGUGGUUGCGUAAUCGUGAUUGGAAGUUAGCGGUUGACGGAAUAUACGGACCCGGAUUUCU